CACAUACUUAAGGGGUAAUUUUGGUUGAAAACUCUUCCGUCUCACAAAUCCCCACAAAAGGCCCUCAAAAAUAUUCCUUCUCCGUACACCCUAGAUAUGGGAAUUACAGCUCGUUUCAGUCGCAAGAACAAGAUCACGCCCAACAACGAAGACCCAUCGCCGGCGGUCUUGCCACCGAUAAACUGUCCAGCCACGAGGAAAGAGCUAAACGAGAAAGAGCUAAAAGAAGUGUUCGAGAAGUUCGAUAUGAAUGGCGAUGACAAAAUUUCAGCGUCGGAACUCAAUUCCGCCCUGUCCAGUGUAGGAAACGGUGUUACGACAGAAGAAUUGGAGAAAUUGUUCAGCAAAGUUGAUUCCGACGAAGAUAGGCUCAUCAAUUUUGCAGCAUUCCUCUAUUGCUAUAGAGUUUUGGAGGAUAUUAUGGAUUCUUUCUCUGUGUUUGAUGUGGACAAGAAUGGAUUCAUCACUGCUGAUGAGGUUCAGAACCUGUUUAUGACGACUCUGGGGGAAGAACAUUCGAUUGAAGAGUGCCGGAAACUGAUCGGCGCCGGUGAUAGUGACGGCGAUGGUAUGAUCAGUUACGAGGAAUUUAGGGUUAUGAUGGUUAAUUCCAGAUUGAGGGAUGGAAAUGCGGGUCGGGGCAGGUCAAACCCUUAAUGGCCCGAUACUCAUUUGUAGUUUUUUUUUAGUACUUUUUUUUUCUAUCAUCGGUGCAUGGUUUUUUAGCGUCAUGGGUUACGAGCUUACUUGGGCCUAACUUAAAAAUCUCAUUUUUAAAUGAGUUUUAAAAUCUUAGUCCAACCCUACAAAAUCACGGUUUGAAUUAGGUCGGCCCAGUGAGCUAAAUCCAUAUUGACGGUUGUAUUAAUUAGUGAAUGAAUGUGUAUAUAUCAUUAAAUCUUCCUUGCAAUACAUUUAACAUAUUGA